CCUUCUUCACUUAUGAAAUAGAUAGCAAGAUGGUAAGACGGUGCUGGGACGAAGUAGAAAGUUCCAACUUCGCCAGGAACACCCACAACCCUAUAAGGCACAUCGUGGAAAACCUAAACCUGGAACCGAAUCCCGACAAGCCUAUGAUCGCACUUUCUAUCGGAGAUCCAACUAUAUUUGGCAAUUUAAAACCGCCCAUUGAAGUCAUUGAAGCAGUGAAAGAGAGUUUGGAUACAUUUAAAUAUAAUGGAUAUGCCGCAUCAACUGGUUACCAAGAAGCAAGACAAGCUGUUGCGGAAUACUCAUCCAACGAAAAAUAUACCGUAAAAGCUGAGGAUGUAAUUUUAUGUAGUGGAUGCUCUUGUGCUUUGGAUUUAUGUAUAACUGCUGUAGCCAACCCAGGGCAAAACAUCCUUGUGCCCCGACCCGGUUUUUCCAUAUAUAGGACUUUGGCUGAGGGUUUAGGAAUCAAUGUUAAAGAAUACAAUCUCAUUCCUGAGAAAGGAUGGGAGGCAGAUCUGUACCAUAUGGAAUCGCAGAUCGAUUCGAACACUGUUGCAAUAAUAAUCAACAACCCUUCGAACCCUUGUGGCUCGGUCUUCAGCAAGAAACAUCUCUGGGACAUUGUGCAAGUGGCAUCAAGAAACUACCUACCGAUCAUUGCUGAUGAAAUAUACGAGCACCUUGUGUUUAAAGGGGAAAAAUUCAUCCCUAUUGCAUCUUUAUCGGAUGAUGUUCCUAUCCUCUCUUGCAGUGGAUUAACCAAAAGAUUUUUAAUUCCUGGAUGGAGAAUGGGAUGGAUAAUCAUUCAUGACAGGAAUAAUGUACUUGGUAGGGAGAUUCGAGGAGGACUUCAAAAAUUAAGUCAACGUAUCAUAGGAAGUAGCACGGUUAUUCAAGGGGCAAUACCAAAAAUUUUAAAAGAAACACCACAAUCGUUUUUUCAAGACACAAUAGCUAUUAUACAAAGGAAUGCUCAGUUGGCUUAUUUCAUGCUGGCCGAAAUCGAAGGCUUGAAACCCGUAAUGCCACAAGGAGCAAUGUACAUUAUGGUUGGAAUUGAUAUGGCGAAAUUCCCAAAAUUCAAAACCGGCUUAGAUUUUGUCAGACAAAUGGUGAACGAGGAAUCAGUUUUUUGCCUUCCUGGAGAGUGCUUCGGUUAUUCGGGGUACAUGAGGAUCGUUUUGACCGUACCUGAAAAGCAACUUAUUGAAGCAUGUAUGAGGAUAGGCGAUUUCUGCUCUCGACAUUUCAAGACUGUCGCAAAAACACCGAUCAUAUCUUACCAACAGCUGUCAUACGUCAAAUCGCUUGAAGAAUCACCAAUCUCCCCUUUGACUGAUCUUGAACAGACCAAUGGAAAAUCAAAUGAACUGUGAUUAAUUAUCUGAGCACGAUGGGACUCUUGACUUGAGAGCAUUCUGUGAUUCAAAUCAGCACCUUGGCACAUAUGGGAUACUUGUAGUUGGAGGAGUAGAAUUAUAAAAUGUGACUAAAAUAAAUUGAUGCCUAUGAUAAAA